AGCUGGAGGCAGCGAAGAGGAUGCGUGCGUCUCCGGUGGACUUGAUUGCGUGUUUGGGAAUGUUUUUAACGAGGGUGGAUUUCCUACACUUGAACAAAUAAUUGUUUCCCAAGAUCACACCCACUGAAUUGAAUGGUUAUGAGUCCCGAGAAUGUUCAUGGAAUUGUUGGAAAUUCUGGAAAAUAUUUUUUUCUGCAACCAUGUUUGAUCGCGACCAGAGAGGAAGAUAGAAUCAGCUUGCUCUAAACGCUGUUGCCUUAGGUUACAUAUUCAGUAUAGGCUACUUCUGUCAACUGGAAUACCCAAAGGAACAAGGUGGAAUAGUUUUUCUUCGUCCUAUUUCUAUUCUGCAACCCACAGAAGCCCUGCUGUAGUAGGCCAAUGUGUUUCAAACAAUGAAACAGAAGUGUAUAAUUUUUUGACUGUCAAAUGUCAUAGUCAAAACGUACUGGACUGAGACGAUUCCGCUGGACUUUUUCUUUACUGCCAAGGACGUUGGAAUUAGUCAACCUGCCCUCGGGGCAAUUAAUAAGAUUUGGUGAGUGAGAUUGCCUAGCAGUAGCAGCAAUGUCUCGACUGUACUACAGGAGGACAGACAACUCCUCCUACAGGGACCGGAUCGCUCUGAGGAUUGUCAGGGCCGAGUCUGAACUGUCUGGCCUGGAGAAGAACUACCUGGGAGCAGUGGAGAAAGGAGACUACGCCUCAGUCAAACAGGCUCUAGAGGAGGCAGAGAUCUACUUCCGGAUCAACAUUAACUGUAUAGACCCGUUGGGCCGCACAGCUCUGCUGAUCGCUAUUGAGAAUGAGAACCUGGAGAUUAUAGAGCUGUUGCUCAGCUAUAACGUGUACAUCGGUGACGCUCUGCUACACGCCAUCCGUAAAGAGGUGGUGGGGGCCGUGGAAUUGCUGCUCAACCACAAGAAGCCCAGCGGGGAGAAACAGGUUCCUCCCAUCCUAUUGGACAAGCAGUUCUCUAACUUUACUCCUGACAUCACACCCAUCAUCCUGGCAGCUCACACCAACAACUAUGAGAUCAUCAAACUGCUGGUGCAGAAGGGGGUGUCCAUGCCCCAGCCACAUGAGGUGCGCUGUAACUGCAUGGAGUGCGUGUCCAGCUCUGAUGUGGAUAGUCUUCGUCACUCCCGCUCUCGUCUCAACAUCUACAAGGCCUUGGCCAGCCCAUCACUCAUAGCCCUCUCCAGUGAAGACCCUUUCCUCACAGCCUUCCAGCUCUCCUGGGAACUACAGGAACUCAGUAAGGUAGAGAAUGAGUUUAAGUCGGAGUAUGAGGAACUAUCUCAGCAGUGUAAACAGUUUGCCAAGGACCUGUUGGACCAAACCAGGAGCUCCAGAGAACUAGAGCUGAUCCUGAACUACAGAGACGACAUCAACCCUCUACUGGAUGAGAACACCAAUGACCUGGCCAGACUCAAACUGGCUAUCAAAUACACACAGAAAGAGUUUGUAGCGCCAGCCAACUGUCAAGCUGCCUUGCGUCUCGUUGGUUACGAUGGUUCCCUGGAUGAGGCGUGUCAUGGCUUCAUCUGGACAGAGAUUAAACAGAUGUGGGAUGGAGGGUUCCAGGACUAUAUCCAUGACUGGUGGAACCUCAUGGACUUUGUUAUGAACGCUCUGUACCUGGCUACCAUUUCUCUGAAGAUCGUUGCCUAUGUCAAGUACAGUGGCUUCAGGGCCAGGAACGAAUGGCAGAUGUGGCAUCCUACCUUGGUAGCAGAGGCUGUGUUUGCCAUCGCUAACAUCUUCAGCUCCCUCCGCCUCAUCUCUCUGUUUACAGCUAACUCCCACCUGGGACCUCUACAGAUCUCUCUGGGCAGGAUGCUGCUGGACAUCCUUAAGUUCCUGUUUAUCUACUGCCUGGUGCUCCUGGCCUUCGCUAACGGGCUCAACCAGCUCUACUUCUACUACGAGACAGACGAGGGACUGAAGGGAUGCAAGGACAUUGAGUGGAAGUUUGCAAGAACCAAGUUGUGGAUGAGUUACUUUGAAGAGGGGGGGACUCUGCCUUCUCCAUUCAACAUCAUCCCUAGCCCCAAGUCAAUCUGGUACUUCAUCUGCUGGAUCAGGAAACACAUCUUCAAGAUCACCAGGGCCAAGAAAACAGAAACAUUUGGAACCAUAGGGAGACGGGCUGCUAUAAACGUAAGAAUAAACCACCAGUAUCAGGAGGUUUUGAGGAACCUGGUGAAGAGAUAUGUAGCAGCCAUGAUCAGAGAUGCCAAGACAGAGGAAGGACUGACUGAGGAGAACUUUAAGGAGCUGAAGCAGGACAUCUCCAGCUUUAGGUAUGAGGUCCUGGGGAUGAUGAAGGGGAAGGUGGGGCCCGAGGGUGGGGGCGUGGCUCUAGCAGGAAGUAAACCCAGUGAAGAGGCAGGGGCCUCCAUUUUGGUCUACCCUGACCACUCCUUCAAGUACUCCCCCAAGUUCUCCCCAGCCACGCCUAAGACCAACAUGUUUCCCGACACCACAUCCAUACUCCAGCAGAGGGCAGCCCCCUCCUCCACCUCCUCCUCCACAUCCCCUUCCACCUCUCAGGGCUUGAACCGACUGGUCAACGGCUCUGUGGUACCCUCUUGGGCCUCCACUGACACCUCCUCCAACCCCACCUCCUCCACUCCCAUCUCCUCUUCCUCCUCCACUCCCAUCCAUGCCUCCACCAAAGACAUGCUGUCCAGGAAAAACUUUCCCAAAGACAUCUGUGACUUUGGGCUCUACUCUGUGUCUGAGGAGAUGGGAGAGGCUGACCUGGAGGUGCUGGACUGUGAUGGAGAGAAGGAGGAGCAGGGUGGAGCGAGGGAGAGGACGUGUACAGAGAAGGAAGAGAACGAAGGGAGGGGAGAGUGAAGAGAGAGAGUCCAUGUUAAAACAGACUGUUGAGGAUGAGACUGAUACGUAGAAGGACUUAUUUUAAUGUAUCGUUAUGAUGCGUCUUCAUGGAGGCCUGUGUAGUAGCAUGCCUUGCUUCUCCAGAACCAAUUCAGCUCUCAGACUAAUAUAUUCUGGUCUAUAAGACAGAAUGUAUAAGCUGGAAAACAGGAGACAAGAAGUCUGUUUCUUGGUUGUGUCCCAAAUAGCACCCUAUUCUCUAUAUAGUGCACUGCAUUUGACCAGGGGACAAAAGGGCUCCUGCCAAAAGUUGCGCAAUGUGUAGGGAAUAGGAUGUCAUGUGGAACAAGCAGAUAAGACGUCAUUCUCCGACCAGGAUGUUUGGGAAACCUGUGAAUUUGGGGAAAGUUACUGGAGUUUUGCCACCCUAUACUGUACGUGAUAGAACUAUCAGUAUUUUAUUAACAGUCCCUGUCUCUGCUGCUUCCCCCAGUCAGCCCCCUGCUAUUUGCACGACAAUCCUUUGCCAUAAUGUAUAAUGGAAAACGCUAAUGAAUCUUGCAGGUAGAUCUAAAACAAUGUCACACAUUGGCAAAUUAUUCAAAACAAGUUGGAUGAUGCUGUCUAGUCUAUCUCGGGUGUUUCCCAAAAGGCACCUAAUUCCCUAUAUAGUGCACUACUUUUGAUCAGAGCCCUAUGGGGCAACACCUGGAGAAGUAUGCAGGUGUUCGCAGGGCUACUCCUGAUGCUCGCAGGGCUACUCCUGAUGCUCGCAGGGCUACUCCUGCCCCCCUCCAACCAAGCAUUCACGUGCCCUGUCUGCCACUGCAGCUGGAAAUCCAGGAUUGGGCUCCACUACCACCAGAAGACCAGACGUAGGGCCUAAAGAACGUUGUUUUUCUAUGCAAGCGAGUAAGACCUUUAGAUGCAACGUUUUCUUUCAAGUGAAAUCCCACAAGAGAUGCUAUACUGUACAUGUAGGGGAGAGUGGGGUAAGUUGAGCCCCCUAGGGAACCAUACACAAAAUUAAUAAUUGGACCAAGUGUUUAGGAAGAGGUKAUUUUAUGGAUUCUGUGAAGGAAGAUACAUGGAAAAAUUUGUGCGCAAAAAUGGAUUUUCACCAAGUCAAAUGAAUUUAUUGUGUUAGAGGUUUCAUGAUGCUUGUAUCUAAACCAAAGUAGAUCAUUUGAAGAUUGUUCUAUACAUCAGUUGAGGUUAUAGGCUGCAAUAUGAAGUCCUAAACCUAGCAUGAAAGUACAUCCUAGUAGCUGUGUUGGCUAAUAUGUCAAAAUGUUUGCCUUGGGGUAAGUUGAGCCAAUGGCCAUGGGGUAAGUUGAGCCAAUGGCAAGUUGAGCAAAUUGAAAUGUUUUCUUCCCAGGCCUAAUGCAAGGCAUUAUUGCUGGGAUAGGAGGUAACAUAUGUUGAAAUGUUAAUAGUGCUUUAAAAUGUACAGUGUUUUUUAGGUGUUAAGCCUGUGUUAAAAGAUGCAUAAACUUAUUUAAAGACAAAAAAGUGAUUGUAAUUGUGUUAAAGAUAGACAUGGUUUUAAAAAGUCAGUGGUAAUAUUUCAUUCAGUACAGAAAUGUGAAGGCGGCUUAACUUACCCUGUCCCAUGGUUCAACUUACCCCAUACUCUGAGUAAGUUGUGCCAAGAGACAACUUUUUUUGGACAAGUUAUGUUUUAAAAUCUGUAAUGUUUACUGGAAUUCUGAUUAUUUCCAGGGAUACACAACAUCCUGAAAUAUAUGUAGAU